AUGAGUUCUGACUAUUCAAAGCAAUAUGUAGACUUUAUAGAGACGUUUGAAAAGCUCUUCCGCAUAAAACAUAAAGAAUCUAUUGAAGAAAUGGGCAAUACAAUUACAAAUAUUUUGAUUAAGAAAUAUCAACUUUCCAUCAAGCGACUUACAAAGAUUAUUCUUAUGGCAAUUCAAUACAAUUAUGCAUCUGGAGAGGAUUACAUCAAAAUACUUAAGCAUAUCGGUUCUAACGUUAAGAAAAUUUCGAAAUUAAAAUUUCCAUUGGAGGAUUCAAUCGAAUAUAUAAUUAUGCAUGACCAAAUUGAUAAGUUCAAAGAAUAUAUUUCUCAAAAUGGACUAGAAUUUAGUAGUAUUUUUCUUGAAAUUCCCGAUUUGAUACAGCAAAUAGUAUUCGAAAAUAAUAAAAAUGAUGAAGAAUUUGAUCAAUAUAAAUAUUCUUUUGUAGAGUUAUCAUUAAUUGAAGCAUGUGCCUAUUUUGGAUCUGUUAACAUUUUCCAGUUCAUACUUUCAAAUCAAAUCAGUACAAAAACAAAAAAAUGUCUUCGCUACUCUAUCAUUGGACGAAAUGUAGACAUUAUCAAUGAAUGUCUGAAAGAUAAUAAAAUGAUUUCUGAUUGUAUGGGAGACAUUAUAAUAGCACAUAAUAAUGAAUUUCUUGAAUAUAUUCUAGAAAAUAAAGAAUUUGAUGUUGAAAAGUGGAUUUCGCGCGUCAAAUCCUAUGAAUGUAAAGAUAUUAUCAGAUAUAAAAAUUUAAAGGCGGUGUUUUUGCUUUUCGAGAGAGAUAAAAAUUCCAUCUUUCCAUGGUGUGCUGCAUUUCCACAAACAACAGAUAUUAUCAGAAAUAAUAAUGUUCCCGAUGAACUUGGUUUCCUUGGAAGGAAUAUUUUACAUUUUGCAUGUAAAUCGCAAAAUCUUGAUAUUUGCAGAUCAUUACUCAACUCAUCUAAUCAAUUUAAAGUCAAUAGUGGAGAUAAAAGGGAUAUGUCUCCACUCCAUUCUGCAGCAGAACGGAAUAACAUAGAAAUAGUUGAGCUCCUUAUUUCACAUGGCGCAUAUAUCAAUAUUAGAAAUGGAGAGGGAAAAACCGCUCUUCAUAUUGCAACAAUAAAUAAAAGUAAAGAGGCAGUGGAGCAUCUUCUUUUACUUGGUGCAAAGGUCAAUAAAGGGGAUUGCUAUAAGAAUAUCGCUCUCCAUUUUGCAACACAAAAUGAAAGCAAAGAAAUAAUUGAGCUUCUUAUAUCACAUGGGGCGAACAUUAAUAAAAUAGCUGACAGCGGAAAAACACCUCUUCUUGAGGCAGUAUCACACGAUAAUAAAGAAAUAGUUGAACUACUUAUUUCACAUGGCGCAAACCUCAAUAAAAUAGGUGACUUCAGAAAAACACCUCUUCUUGAGGCAGUAUCACAUGAUAAUAAAGAAAUAGUUGAGCUUCUUCUCUUACAUGGUGCAAAUGUCAAUGAAAAGGGUACCUAUGGGGAAACGCCUCUUCAUACCGCAGUGCAUACUAAAAAUAAAGAAUUAAUUGAACUUUUUAUUUCAAAUGGUGCAAACAUCAAUGAAAAAGAUAAAAAUGGAAAAACAGCUCUUUAUUUAGCAGUUCAAUUCAAAAAUAAAGAUAUUAUUGAUACUCUUCUUUUACAUGGCGCAAAAACCGAUGAAAAAGAUGAGAAUGGAAAAACAGCUCUCCAUGAAGCAGUAUUGAAUUAUAGUGAAGAAAUUGCUGAGCUUCUCCUUUUGAACAGCGCAAAUAUUAAUGAAAAAGAUAAUGAAGGAGAAACCGCUCUUCAUAUAGUGUUACAUAAUAAUAGAAAAGAAAUGGUUGAAAUUCUUCUCAUAUAUGGUGCAAAUAUCAAUGAAAAAGAUAAAAACGGAGAUACACCUCUCCAUAUCGCAGCAUAUAAUAAAAGUACAGAAAUGGUUGCAUUUCUUCUUCUACAAGGUGCAAAUGUCAAUGAAAAAGGUAAUCAUGGAAGAACAGCUCUUCAUAUUGCAGCGCGUAAUAAAAGUAAAGAUAUGGUUGAAGUCCUUAUUUCAUAUGGUGCAAAUAUCAACGAAAGAACUAAAAAUAGAAAAACAGCUAUCGAUUUUGCAACACAUUAUAACUGCACAGAUAUCGUUGAGCUUCUUCUAUCACACGGUGCCAAAAUCAAUGAUAAAGUUAAAAAAUGA